UUCUAAUUGAUAGUUGUAGGUGACCAUAAUGCUUAAAUCUCUGUGAAUUCGCUUUCGUUGAGUGAUUGAUAACCUAUUAGCUAUCUGAUCAGUUGGCUGAUUGGUUGGUUGAUUGGUUGAAGUGAUCACGAUCCAUAGAUCUCUGCGAGUUUGCUUUGGUUGAUUGAAAUUUAUCUCAUUAACGAACUGAUCGGUGGAUUGAUUGAUUGAUUGAUUGAUUGAUUUAUUGAUUGACUGAUUCGUUGGUUGAUUGGUUAAUUGGCUGAGUGAUUGAUUGGCUGGUUGAUUGAUUGAUUGAUUGAUUGGCUGGUUGAUUGAUUGAUUGAUUGAUUGGCUGGUUGAUUGAUUGAUUGAUUGAUUGAUUGAUUGAUUGGCUAAUUGGCUGAUGGGAUGAUGAUGGAUCCUCCGUCCGGUGGGCCGAAUUCGCCUCCUUGCCAUCUAUCCUCGGCAGCUGUUGUUAGGGGUGCUGCACUGACACAGGGAGGAGGAGGUGGUGGAGGAGGGGGAGCGGGGCGGGGAUGUAAGAAUGGUGGGUGCUCCGAGUGUAUGCCAAGUCCCCCGCUCCUGUGCAGCAAGCGCGCUAGACCUAUUGAUGAUGAAGACACUAUCUUUCUCGACAAUUACCACGCCCACAAACGGUUCUUAACGGAGAUGAUGAGCUGCAGUCUAAAUGGUCUGCAUGUCGGGGACAGCUUUGCUACUUCGGGAGCAGUAGCAGGUCCACCAUCAGCAGGUGGAGGAGGAGGAGGAGGUGGUUUGUCGUCAUGGUCGAUGUCAGUUAUGGAUCAGUUCCUCCAAUCACCUAAAGAUCCCGACACGGUAAGCGUCCGGACCUCAUCUACAUUCGGUAAUGGUGAUGACGUGUCCAACAUGGAUUCGCCGAUGAGUGAUGACAGCGACGAUAGUGUGACGUGGCGUGCCAGUGUGGCAGCUGAUUCGGUAUUCGCUGGUGGUGGUAUUGGAUUUGGAUUUGGAUUUGCCACCGGAUGUUGUCAAGGUUCUCCUGGUCCGGGGUCUGGUCCAGGUGCUGGUCAGAGUUCUGGUGCGGUUAGCCCUCCAAGCCCCAGCUCUCCCACUGGUAAUAAUCGCAAGAACUUUUUUCCAGCACCCCCUCCCUCUCCCACCGUUGGGGGAGGGGGAGGCGCAGCUUCGCCUGGCAGCUGCUCGCCUCAGCAGUACUUCCUUUCCAGAUCUAAUCAUCAUCACCAUUACCAUCAUCAUCAUCAUCACUCACGGCUGGAUGUAGCGGAGUCCCGACUCCCUCCCUCUCCAAGCGACACGUGUCAAGGUGGCGAUCUGCGUCGAACGGCUUUGCUCCGCAAUCUACGCAACAUGCAACAGAUGAGAACUCAGAUGUCCUCUGGAGACUCAGCUAUGGCGACUGGAGGUUCGUCCUCUUCCUAUCCCCUCGCUCGGAUUAAUCGCAAUGGGAGGACUGAUGGAGGAGGAGGAGGAGGAGGAGGAGGAGGAGGAGGAGAAGGACCGGCGGCGGUCGCUGAUCAGCCUGAUCGGGAUUGUGGCGGGAAGAAUGGUAUUGACGUGGGUGUUAGAGAUCAGGACAUCGAAUCUCCGUUCUGCCUCGACAGUGACAGAAGAGUUUCGUCGGUGUCGUCUUUGGAGGGGGCAGUAGGAGGAGGAGGGGGAGGAGGAGCAGGAGGAGGUGGAGAGAGGGGUUCAUGCUCUGGUAAUAAUCGCAACGAGGAGGAAGGUUAUAUGGCCGCCGUUGUAGAUGGGAGGGGCGAUGAAAUGGCCGAUGGUGAUCAAUCAGAGGACCCUUCCAUGUCAAUGAAGACAACGAUGUCAACCGACAGCGAUGGGGGUGUAUUGGUAGGAGGAGGAGGAGGAGGAGGAGGAGGAGGAGGAGGAGGAGGAGGAGGAGGAAGUGAGAAUGAGAGAAAAAGGGAUCUGCAGAAGUUUGUAGACAGCUCGUCGCCGUUGAUUAGACUGUCGCCGUCAUCAUUAAUUUCUAAAGCCAGAAAGCCUCCCUGGCAUAGAUGCCAGCAUCAUCAGCAUCGCCAUGAGAACGGUGGUACACGUGUCAUCAAGGGGUGUUCGGCGCGAAGCCUGGAGUCGAGUCUUCCUUUCUGCCAAGCUGCUGCGGGGGACUCGAAAAAGAAGCGUUACUUCUCCUCCUCGUGGGAUUCCCCCUCUCCCUCCCCCCCUCCUCCUCCUCUCCCUGCUGCUGCUGCUGCCCCUCCUCUAGCCCCUCCUCCCCCUCUGAUUUCUCCUGCCGUCGAGUCCUCUUCUGCCGUCUCUACGUCGCCACGUAUCCAGCAUUCCUGCGCCGCUCAGUCGGACACACUCAGCAGAGAAGUCGAGGGGAGGGAGGAAUGCGCCACGUCGUCGGCCUCCGCCGUCGCCGACGAAAAAACGUUGACGUCAGUUGCCGGAGAAGCCAUGAUGUCGUCGUCGACGGACGUGGAAGAAACGAUGACGUCAAUGAUCGGAGGAGCGGCGAGGAGAGGGGGGGCGGCUAUGGAGAACGUUCUCCGGCGAUGCUCUGAAGAGUCCACGUCGUCUUUCCCGCCGCGCCGCUCUUUGUCAUCGUCGUGCGCUGAUGUGGUUGAAGGGAGUGUUGGGAGAGUGACACGUGGAGGUGGUUGCGGCCUUGGAAGCGAAGGAGCAGAUGAGAAUGUCUAUGGAGAUGAUGCUGUACAGAUGGUGGAGGAAAUGUCUGCUUGUCAUAAUCAAGUAUUACGUGAGGAAGGUCAAGAUGGCGAUACGGGGGGGGGAAGUGAUGGCACGCGUGUCUACUCCUCACCGCCUUCUGUUGCCCUUUUUCGUUCUUGUCCGUCUGGUCCCCAGUUACAUCGUCAAUCGUCGUGCAAUACAAAUGACAGAUGACAAAAUGCUCCGUCAUCGACGAUGAUUCAGGACACGUCAGCGAGGGGACGGGUUAAGGACGGAUAUACUAAAUUUAGCUAUCACCGCGUUCAUGCAUGCGUGCACGCAUGGUGAUAUCAACACCUUGCAUUCGUGUUGCGAAUACCUUCCCUUCUCCUCCCUUUCCCUUGCACUUCCUCCUCCUUUCCUCUUCCUCCUCAUCGUCGACGUCGUCGUCGGUGUCCUCCUCCUCCUCCUCCUCCUCCUCUCCGUCUUUCUUGCUACUCAUCCUUAUGUGACAUGGAGCGUGUACGAGAGACAGCGUUGGCCACUGUUAAUGGCUAUCGCUAUUCGAAGUAUUCUUCCUGUCUCCCUUUUGUGACAGGGAGCGUAACUCAGCGUAUAAUACAGUACAGUAAUAUGGCCGCCUCAUCGACGACGGCUGUGGUAACAGUGAGGGUACCGCACAGGACGCAGAUGAUGUCCAUAAUUAGAGAGAGGAGCGAUCAACGGAAGAAACAAGUCGGAAAGCACGACCAAUC